ACUUCACAUCUCCUACACACACAGAGGGAAAUAAAGACACAUCCUCGUUUCUCUGAACACUUCACACGAGUGAAUUAAACACGCUUCUCUGGUCAUGUUGCGCGUGGCGCUCGAGUCCGCGGCGGGUCUGCCCAAGAAGAAGCUCGGCAGCCCAGAUCCCAUCACAUCUGUACUGUUUAAAGACCAAAAGAAGAAGACCAGAAGCAUUAACAAUGAAGUGAAUCCGGUGUGGAAUGAGACACUAGAGUUUGAUGUUAAAGGCGUUCCUCUGGAUUCUUCGUCUUACAUCGAUGUGAUUGUAAAAGAUUUCGAGACUCUUGGCAAAGACAAGUUUAUUGGAAGUGUAAAGGUGUCUCUGAAGGAUCUUGCUGGUGGUCAGGUGAAGUCUCUGCCGGUGAAAAACUCACCUCUGCUGGAUGAAAGUGGCAAGAACAUCGGAGCCACUAUCAGUAUGGUGAUUGGUUAUGAUCCACCUGUCAGUUCUGUGUCAAACGCACCUGAUCAGCCGGACGGAGGCGGACACACCGCGGGGGGUGAGGUGGGAGAUGCAGACGGUACUGAUGCUGGCGUGACAUCUGCUGAAUCUGGACAGAGACUGAAGAUCGGCAGCAGAAAACCUCACAGUCUGGCUAAUAAACCUCAGGACUUUCAGAUCCGUGUGCGGGUGAUCGAGGGCCGUCAGUUGUCUGGAAAUAACAUCAGACCUGUGGUGAAGGUUCACGUGUGUGCAGAGACUCACAGAACACGCAUUAAGAAAGGCAACAAUCCCUACUUUGACGAGAUCUUCUUUUUUAAUGUCAACAUGUUACCGUCAGAUCUGUUUGAUGAACAGAUCAGUUUCCGGGUUUAUAAUGCGUCUUCAUUCAGAGCAGACAGUCUGAUGGGAGAAUUCAAGAUUGAUGUGAGUUACAUCUAUGAAGAAGCAGCUCAUUGUCUCAUGAAGAAAUGGGUUCUUUUGAGUGAUCCUGAUGACUCCAGCUCUGGAGCGAAGGGAUAUCUUAAAGUCAGCAUGUUUGUGUUGGGAACAGGAGAUGAAGCACCUGUGGAGAAGAAGGAACAGGAUAAUGAUAAAGAUGACGUGGAGAGUAAUCUGCUGCUGCCCGCUGGUGUCGCUCUCAGAUGGGUCACGCUCAAUGUUAAAGUGUUUCGAGCCGAGGACAUCCCUCAGAUGGACGACUCCAUCAGUCAAACUCUAAAGGAGGUCUUUGGUGGUCAGGAAAAUAAGAAAAAUCUGGUGGACCCAUUUGUUGAGGUGUCAUUUGCUGGAAAAAAGCUCUCCACACAAAUCAUAGAGAAGAAUGCAAACCCUGAGUGGAAUCAGCAGCUCAAUCUUCAGGUUAAGUUCCCGUCGAUGUGUGACAGAAUAAAACUGACUGUGUUUGACUGGGAUCGUCUCUCUGGGAAUGAUGCCGUAGGCACCACAUAUCUGGAUCUGACCAAAAUAGCAUCCUCUGGUGGUGAAGUUGAAGGAGAGACGGGAGAAUCUGAGAUGGGUUUUCUGCCCACGUUUGGCCCGUGUUACAUCAAUCUGUACGGCAGUCUGAGAGAAUUCACAAACUUAUCUGACCCAUAUGAAGAGCUGAAUUUAGGCAAGGGUGAAGGAGCCGCUUACAGAGGCAGAAUUCUGAUUGAACUCUCCACUAAACUGGAUGGAAAGGCUGAGAAGAGUGUUGAAGACCUAUCGAGUGAUGAUGUGUUGGUUGUUCAGAAAUACCAGCGCAGACGGAAGUUGUGUCUGUGUGCAGUGUUCCACAGCGCCACUAUGAUACAAGAACCUGGAGAACCCAUUCAGUUUGAAGUCAGCAUCGGGAACUACGGCAACAAAAUGGAUUCGACAUGUAAACCUCUGGCCUCCAGCACUCAGUACAGCUGUGCCAUGUUUGACGGUAAUAAUUAUUAUUAUCUGCCGUGGGGCGACACUAAACCUGUGGUGGCCAUCACAUCCUUCUGGGAGGACAUCAGUCAUCGCUUAGAUUCGCUCAACAUUCUCCUCUACAUCUCUGAACGUCUGCAAACAAACCUGACUCUGUUAAAGACAGAAAUUCAGUCCAAAGCCUCUGACACCAGACUGGUGGAGAUCUGGAUGAGACUCAUCAAUCACUUACUGGAAGAUCUCAGCAGUUGUAAAAUUCCCGAUCUGGAGGGGAAGCCCAACCUCACGGCUCUGGACAUUCAGAUAAAGAAGUUACGGGACGGUUGUCUGAAGAACAUCAUGGACGGAGCUAGACUUCUGUUUGAAGAGGCCACAGACGUUCAGAAGUGUGUGAGCAUCAUUGAGAGCUGGCUGAACAAACUCAACCAACUGGCUGAAGAGCCUCAGAACAGUAUGCCUGAUGUGAUCAUCUGGAUGUUGCGAGGAGAGAAGAGGGUAGCGUACGCUCGUGUCCCGGCACAUCACGUCCUCUAUUCAACUCACAGUCAACAGGCAUGUGGACGAGACUGCGGCAAAACUCAAAGCAUCUUCAUGCAGUGGCCCAUGGAUAAGAACAAGGGUUUGAAGAUUCCCGUUCAGAUCCGUGUCAACAUGUGGCUCGGUCUGGCUGCAGAUGAGAAGAAGUUUAAUCCGUUUGCUGAGGGGACCUUUAAUGUGUUUGCAGAACUGUAUGAGAAUCAGGCGCAGGUUUUGGGGAAAUGGGGGACGACCGGACUGAUGAACCGCAGUAAAUUCUCUGAUGUGACGGGGAAAGUCAAACUGAAGCAGGAGUAUUUUCUGCCCCCUGUGGGCUGGGAGUGGGAAGGAGAAUGGAAAGUUGAUCCAGAAAGAUCUCUUCUGGCUGAAGCGGACGCUGGACACACAGAGUUUCUGGAUGAGGUUUAUGAGAACGAGAGCAGAUUCCCGGGAGGAGAAUGGAAGCCUGCGGCUGAAGCCUACACUGAUGUGAACGGAGAGAAGGUUCAGAGUCCUGCAGAGGUUCAGUGUCCGGCCGGCUGGCAGUGGCAGGAGAACUGGACCUUCGAUGUGAACAGAGCCGUGGACGAGAAAGGUUGGGAAUAUGGAGUCACGGUUCCACCUGAUAACAAACCCAAAUCCUGGGUGCCCGCUGAGAAGAUGUACCACGUGCACCGGCGCAGAAGAAUGAUCCGCCCUCGCAAGAAGACUCCCGGUGCCAAGACGGCGGCCGAUAAGAAAGAUGAUGGAGAUCCAGAGGGCUGGGAAUACUCGUCUCUCAUUGGCUGGAAGUUUCAUCGGGAGCAGCGCUCAUCCGACACGUUCAGGCGUCGCCGCUGGAGGAGGAAGAUGUCGCCGGCCGAUCGACUCGGAGCGUCAGCCAUCUUCAGACUGGAGGGGGCGCUGGGAGUGGAUACGGAGUCUAAAGGGGAAGAGAAAACAUCUAAAGCAGAUUCUUCUGUUCAGCUUGGAGGAAACGCACCCACUGCGUCGUGUACAUUUGACCGAUUGUACACGUAUCAUCUGAGAGUUCAUGUGUUUCAGGCCAGAAAUCUUCCCGCUCUGGAUAAAGACAGCUUCUCAGACCCGUAUGUUCACGUCUCAUUCCUGCAUCAGAGUCAAACAACAGAGACCAUCAAAAGCACCCUCAACCCCACCUGGGAUCAGACUCUAAUCUUUCCAAACCUGGAGAUUUACGGAGACCCUCAGACUCUGGCUCAGAACCCACCGCUAGUGCUUCUGGAAAUCUUUGACAGCGAUCAAGUGGUCUGUAUGAGAGUGUUCACAUUUCAAAUCCACGUGAUCCGUGCAGUGUUAGGACGGAGGGUUUGGUUGGACUCUUUACUCUGUGAUGUGUGUUGUGUUGUGUUGUGUUGUGUUGUGUUGUGUUGGCAGGGUAAAGAUGAGAUGUUGGGCAGGUGUUCAUGCGUUCCUGUGGUGAAGUUGAAGUCCAGUAUGGAUUGUGGGAGUGUGAAGCUUCAGUGGGAGUGUGUGAUGAACAGACGCGUGUCUGCUGGUGAACUGCUGGUGGCCGCUGAGCUCUUUUUAAAGGGAAGUGAUGUUGAACUCCCCAUCGCUCCGCCUAAAAGAGGAGACGCACUUUACAUGGUUCCUCAAGGAGUUCGGCCGGUGGUGCAGCUCACUGCUAUAGAGGUUCUGGCGUGGGGUUUGCGUAACAUGAAGACGUAUCAGCUGGCUCCCGUCACCUCACCCAGUCUGGUGGUGGAGUGUGGAGGAGAGAGAGUUCAGACGGCUGUCAUUAAAAACAUCAAGAAGAGCCCCAAUUUCCCCGGAAACGUUCUCAUGUUAAAAGUGUUUCUUCCCAAAGAGGAGAUGUAUGCUCCACCUAUUGUGCUGAAGGUGAUCGAUCACAGACCGUUCGGCAGGAAGCCUGUGGUGGGUCAGUGUGUCAUCACUCAUCUGGAAGAGUUUCGAUGUGAUCCGUACGUCACCACAGCUGAAGUUGCGCUGUCUUCUAAAGUGGCUUUAAUGGCAGCUGCUCCCAGAGAUCUUCACGUGAACAUUGAAGACGGCAGAGAGACUCUUCUGGAAGCUCAGCAGCGAGAGAAGGAGAAAGAGACGGUGGAUUGGUGGAGUAAGUUUUAUGCUUCUAUCGGAGAGCGUAACAAGUGCCGUCCGUACCUGGAGAAAGGUUACGACACGCUGGAGGUGUACGAUAGCGAGCUGGAAAAUGUGAAGGAGUUCAUGGGUCUGAGUGAUUUCUGCAAAACCUUCAGACUGCAUCGUGGGAAAUGUGACGGCGAUGAUGAGGAUCCGGAUGUGGUCGGUGAAUUUAAGGGCUCUUUUAAGAUCUACCUGUUACCCGAUGACCCCGGGGUGACCCCUCCGCCCCAGCAGUUCAUAGAGCUGCCCGACAGCGGACCGCAGGAGUGUGUCGUCAAAAUCUACGUGGUUCAAGGUGUGGAUCUUCAACCCAAAGACAACAAUGGCAAAUGUGACCCCUACAUCAAGAUCUCAUUGGGCAGAAAAUCCAUCGACGACAGAGACGGCUACAUCCCCAAUACUCUGUGUCCUGUGUUUGGAAGAUUGUUUGAGAUGACCUGCUUCUUACCUCAAGAUAAAGACCUGAAGAUCGCCAUCUAUGACUUUGAUCUGUUGAGUCGUGAUGAGAAGGUCGGCGAGACGGUCAUCGAUCUGGAGAACCGUCUGCUGUCUUACUUUGGUUCUUACUGUGGUUUACCGCAGACGUACUGCAUUUCUGGAGCGAAUCAGUGGCGUGAUCAGCUCAGGCCAUCUCAGAUCCUUCAACAUCACGCUCGACUGAAAGGACUGAGUCCACCCAGGAGUGAAGACAACGGAAACACGCUAACGUUUGCUGGUCGACUCUAUUGCCUCUCUGACUUUGAAGCGAACAAGGAACUUCAUCAGCAUCUGGGUCCUGCGAGUGAACGGAUCGCUCUGCACGUGCUCAGAUCUCAAGGUCUGGUUCCAGAACACGUCGAGACCAGAACUCUGUACAGCAGCUUCCAGCCGACUCUCCCGCAGGGAAGACUUCAGAUGUGGGUUGACAUUUUCCCCAAAAGCCUCGGCCCUCCCGGACCUCCGUUCGACAUAUCACCACGCAAGGCCAAAAAGUAUUUUCUGCGUGUCAUCGUGUGGAACACGACCGAUGUAGUUCUGGAUGAAACCAGCGUUACUGGAGAACGCAUGAGCGACGUCUAUGUGAAGGGGUGGAUGCCAGGAAUGGAAGAAGAUAAACAAAAGACAGACGUCCACUACAGAUCUCUGGAUGGUGAUGGAAACUUUAACUGGAGAUUUGUGUUUGGAUUCGAGUAUCUGCCUGCAGAGCAACUCUGUCUUGUGUCGAAAAAGGAACACUUCUGGAGCCUUGACAAAACUGAGUUAAGAAUUCCACCCAAACUGAACAUUCAGAUAUGGGACAAUGAUAAAUUCUCUCUGGACGAUUAUCUGGGUGCUAUUGAACUGGAUCUGCAUCGCCUCAUCAAUCCCGCCAAAGCAUCAGAGAAAUGUUCUCUUGCCAUGUUGCCUGAUGAGACGAGUCCUCCAAAAUCAGAACCGAAGUCUCUGUUUGAGCAGAAGUCAGUGAGAGGAUGGUGGCCGUGUUACAUGGAGACAAACGGAAAGAGGGAACUGGGUGGGAAGAUUGAGUUGACUCUGGAGAUCGUGAAUGAGAAGGAAGUGGAUGAAAGACCUGCUGGAAAAGGCAGAGAUGAACCCAAUAUGAACCCAAAGCUGGAUCCUCCCAAGCGACCUGAAACCUCUUUCUUCUGGUUCACUAAUCCGUGCAAGACCUGCAAGUUCAUCGUCUGGCGCAAAUUUAAGUGGCUGUUCAUCGGCUUUAUCGUUCUGAGCUUAGUGCUGUUAUUCAUUGGAAUCCUGCUCUAUUCAUUACCUAACUACAUUUCUAUGAAAAUUGUCAAACCCUUUCAAUGAGAAUGAGGUUCCACUGUAUUGUGUUCAUGUAUCAAACCGGGAUCACAACAUCAUUGACACUAACAGAAUCAAUUCAUAUCUUUGCUGUGAAAUGUUCAUGUUUUGAAUGAUUUACACACAUACAUGCAUUAACACAGCGUUCAUUGUGUUGUGUUGUGUUUGUUCAGUCACUUUUGCUUGUUGCACGUAUAUAUCUUACACAUCUUACAUCAUGCAUUUGUCACGUUGUUGUGGUUGUUGUUGUUGUUUUCCGGACCUCUCUGAAAUGUUUGUGCACAAACCAUGAAGUGUUUCAAUUGUGGAAAAAGAUGUUUAACUUUUAUUGUAUUAAAAUGUCAGAUCAUUUUCAAAUUUAGUUGGUUGAGAAUAAAAUUGUGUCAAAUUAUUGUUA